AUGCUCUUUUUCCUAUUUCGUUGGAUUAUUACAUCGGCCAUUUUUAAUUUGGGUCUUCUUUAUGCUGCAUUUGGAACCAUGUAUGCGGCGGAGGAAACAGCACGGGCUAACGGUAAGAGUAUUUCCUUCCCGCUGAGUUCACUGAAGCUUUGGUUAAUUCUCAUGUUUUUCGUGUCUCUUUCAUAUAUUGGCAUGGAACAGUUUCCCUUCUUUCUUGAGGCCCGUGCACUCUUUACGUGGCUGAUUAUCACAAGCCCAUCCACCUCACAUUCCAGGGUGUAUAAUAUUAUCUUUGAUCCAUUGCUGGGGCGUAUUGUAAAGAUGCUUGCGGUGCUGGAAAAUAAUCAAUUGAUUGCCGAAAAGAUUGGAAUUGGUGCUGUUCGUCUUUGUGUGGAGUUGGCGAUAACUAUUAUGAAUUAUGUAGCACGAAGUGGAUCGUUUGAAGAAGAAAGUGUAAAUGAUAUUAUGGCUGGUCUCAUGUUUUCUCGUAAUGCUCUUCAAACACCUACACCAUCUCAGAUAGGCAGUGAUAGCAGUAGUGCGGCUUCAUCUCCUCCUUAUCUUCCACAUACAAUUUUGAGAUGA